UGCGUACGAGGAAAACUGUGCAGCUCCGAUACACAGUUCACCGAGCAGUACGGCCUGAACUGUGUAUGGGACUGGGAAUCGGACUAACUACGUCGAUCGAGUCUCAGGAGGAGCACUGGUGCUGCGUUCGGACUUCUCACAUUUGGCCUGCCUUGAAAAAAUCGUCGUCUUCUGUCAUCAAAUUGGAAGAACCCGGCGGAUGAGAGAUUUAGCGCAAAUUGUGACAGGAGGCGAGAGAACGAGCAAUCUGUAUUCCGCCGAGAGAAAAUUGGGAAUUUUGGCCAUCUUCUGAUUCGAAAAUCAAGAGGAGCGUGGGAGUCGGUGCACGAAAUGUUGUUUGCCGCCGUCAUGCGUAGUGGAUGAAUCGCUCCGUCCCUACGAUUUCGGACGCUGAGAUCAUGAUGCCAGAUUUGAUGUUAUUUUCUUUGGAGGGCGAGACAUAUAGGAUAUAGGGUUGACACUUGCUGCUCGCAAAGAAAAAUUUCGAUUCGACAUUCGGAGCUCAAGAUGCCUUCAUACGGCGGAAGUAGGUUAUAUCACUUUCGUACAGAUGUAAAGAAGGAGUAGUUUCAAAUGACUCGAACAGUGGCAGGACAACUCGGUCUGGAGCUCGAGAAAUGAGGCCUUCCGAAAAAUCCUUCCGCAUAGUCAUUUCUUCGCGAUCUGAAGCAGGACGGUCGUGAAUCUCAGGCCCACAUUUACUUGGUAUCAAGAGAAACAAUGAGGUCAAAGAUAUCAUUUCCCUGUGGGAGUGGAUAUUCAUGGAGGAAUGGUUUGAGCUCUCCUUUAUCACGGUACACUGUACUUCUACUAUUCUUCUUCUGGUCUACUCUGUGUUGUGGACUGCAAUCUGUGCCUGAGAUUGAAGAUUCCAUGUAUCAAAGUGUGGAUGGGACAGCAUGUGUUCGUCUUCUGAGUCUCGAUGGAGAAGUGGGGUGCGCUGGGCCGGACAGGAGAGCCGUCCUAGCUCCUCUGCAACACUUUAGCGAUGCUAAUAUACAGUUGAGUACCAAAACUACCGUAGUGCUGCCCUUAUCAGCACUACACCAGUUUCUAAACAGGACUGUCAAUGAACGGUCGCUUGCAAAGCAUGUGGCAGGGGUGCUUGUUGAGCAUGGUGGUGCGGAUGGGCAAAAUCUUAGCAGAGGUUUCUCACCGGAUACAAGGUUUCCUCAGGCAGAAUUUGCUCCAUACAAGGCUGAGUACGUCUGGAAUCCUCCAGGAUCCGGUGUGUUACAGCAACGAUUUGAGUUUCCAGUGUUUCUUCUUACGCCAGAAAGUACGGCAGCUGUACGAGAGCUCACCGCAGGAAAUGAGAAGCGUAAUUUCAAGUACCCACUGCAUGUGGCAGAGUUCGACUUCGUAAUGCAGUCUACGAAGUCCGGGACUCAUGACUCGGAAUCAUGUCUGAAGGAAUGGGCUUGCUUGCCUUUGGGGGGCUACAGCGUGUGGUCAUCACUACCAGCAAUAAACGUCACUUCUCCCGUUGAGAAUCCUAUUGUGUUGGUCAUGGCUGCAAUGGACUCUGCUUCUUUCUUUCGUGAUGCAACUCCAGGUGCAGACUCGCCUCUAUCAGGUUUGAUAGCUAUGUUAGCUGCAGCCGAUGCUCUGUCGAGGGUUCCCGAUGUCGAUGAGUUUCAAAAGCAGAUUGUGUUCCUUGCCCUCACAGGUGAAGCUUGGGGUUAUUUGGGAAGCCGGAGGUUUAUAUCGGAGCUAGCUGGUGGAAAUCCGGCUUUAUCUGGUUUGAGCUUGUCCCGCAUACAUCAAGUACUCGAGAUUGGCUCAGUAGGUAAAGCGGUGGAUGCCGGUCGAGCCACUUUAUAUGUCCACAAACAGAAGGAUCAGGUUUCCAGUGCCACCAAUGAGAUGGUGGAAGCUUUACAGUUGUCAGCGACGUCAUUGGCUGGAGCGCAGCAUGUAGGUGCCGUAGAAGUCAAGAUGGCGAGCAAGCUGAAUCCUGGCGUUCCGCCUUCGUCUCUCAUGUCUUUUAUCCAAAAGAAUUCCUCAACGGCUGCUAUUGUUCUGGAGGAGUUCGAUGAGGUCUUUAAGAAUACCUUAUAUCACAGCCAUUUGGAUGAUGCAAAUAAUAUUGACAAGAAUUCCAUAGCAGGCACAGCAGCAUUGAUAGCCAGGACGGUGUACCUCUUAGGUGAUAGUGCUGCCAACGCUACCCAGCUUCAAUCUAUUGAAGUGAACAGUUCUUUAGUCAGUGAGCUUGUAGACUGUCUCUUAAGACAAAGUCCAGGUAUGGUUUGUGAUUUGGUGAAGGGCUUAAUCACACCCACCCAGCAGUAUGCUAACCAUUAUGUUGGUGUCCUUUUGGGCGAGCCAUCAUUUUCUCCCUACCUGGAAAACGUCGAUGACAUUUCACGAUUCGUGUGGAAUUUUCUAGCCUCGCGUACAGGAAUAGUCAGAAAUCAGCAGGUAAAAGAUGGAGUUGCAGCGGGCAUAAAACGGGCCUCUGCAUCAUCGUUCGAGGAGUGUGCACAAAAGUGUAGCAAUAUCGAUGAGAUUUGUGUCGGUGCAACUGGAGAGCACAAAGGACGCUGCAUAAUGUCAACGACGAGAUUCGUUCCUGCAUAUUCACCUCGACUGCAAUUUGAGGCUGCAAGCUGGAAAGUCGUUGCUGCGGAGCCUGGUGAUAUUAUGAGUGAGAUGGAUCCGGUUUGGACUGAGAGCUUUUGGAAGUCUAUAAGCGUGCGUCUUUUUUUAAGAGAAAGUUCAUCACAAGAUGAACUAAUGCUGGGUGUUGGGGCGGCAUUGACUGUUGGAUCAUUCUUUGCCGUAUUCUUUACCAAGGCUGUCUUUCACAAGCGUCUAAAACGGGCUUGAGACAGCUUUGGACAAAGUUUUGACAUAGGGGGAAGGUGUUACCAUCAUAUGCUGGCCACUUUUUGAUCUAGUUCUCGUGUACAUUAGAAAGGUAGAAGACUAGGUCGGGACCUGAGCUCACGAAGAAGGGAUGGCUUUGGUUUGCGGAAAGUCUCUCUUUCACAAUCAUUUAGAAGUCAAGGUUAGGCACACAUUGCGGUUUAUGGUCACGUCCAUUUAUAAUUCGGUAUCCAGUUCUGCAAAAGAUUUCUUUGACCUGUAAGUUAUCAGGUCAAUAAUAUAAGGGCCUGUUUUGUCGUUCCACGA